AUGCCUCGCUAUAAAAGGGGCCAUCCGUUCGCCAUCCCCAUUCAUCCAACCUUAGGAAACAAACAAGCAUUAUAUACUCCACCAGCUAGGUCGAAGAUGUUCCGGUGGGGCAAGAGCACCAAGAACCCAGCUCCGGCAGCCGGGGAGGAGGUAGCGGUGCAGAAGGUGGAGAAGAUCGAGUUCCGCAACCUCGUCCACAUCAAGCCUCCUGUCGGCACCAGCGGCGGGGCCAUCGGCAACGCGUGGAAGCCACAGCCAUGGACGGCCGGCGCCGGCAGCUCCGGCGCGGCUCGGAAGCCCGACAGCCCCGGAGACGACAUCAACUCGAGGGCGGGCAGGUUCAUCGAGGACACUAAGAAGAGGUGGCGCCUCGGCGUCAAGUCAUUCGGCGGCCGUUAG